AUGGAAUAUCCGGUAGUAACACAGAAAAUAUUUCGCCCACCGGAAGAUUGUUCUAUCUGCCGGGACAUUCAACGUAUCGAUAAAUUAUCGAACAUUGAUCCUAUUGUCUUCGAAGAACGUUAUGCAUAUUCUGGGAGACCGGUUGUAAUAAUGGAUGCGAUGAUCAAUUGGACGGCUCCAAAAAUCUUUAGCUAUUCUUUUUUUAAAUCUCUCUAUGAAGGAGAACAAGCUGGUUGUCAAUUUUUUCCGUACAAAACCGAAUUCCGAAGUUUGCAGGACGUUUUCAAUAUGAGUACCAGUAGAUCUCUUUUGCAAGCUGGUACAAAGCCUUGGUACGUUGGCUGUAAACAUUUUUUAAUUAUUAAAACAAUCAUAAUAAUUAAUUGGAGCAAUUGUGAUGGUAGAAUUGGCACUGUGUUGAGGCAACAUUAUCAAAGACCAUAUUUCUUGCCACCUACAGCGGAAAGUGAAAAAACUGAUUGGAUUUUUAUGGGGAGUCAUGGAUAUGGAGCACCGAUGCAUGUCGAUGACGUCGAGCAUCCUUCAUGGCAGGCACAAAUAAGGGGUGAAAAAUUAUGGAUCUUGCAGCCACCGAGGGAAUGUCAUUACGCGUGUAAACAAUUGGAAGUGGUCGUACAAACCGGAGAGAUAAUUGUCUUGGACACCAAUCGAUGGUAUCACCAAACUAGAAUUGUUUCCGAAGAGAUGAGCAUCACGAUUGGCGCUGAGUAUGAUUGAAAAUUAAAAUAAUAUAUCUUGUUGAAAGAAAAUAAUCUUCGAAGAAAAAGAUUUUAACUAUUUUAAUCCUUAAUUAAAUUUGGAAGAUGAAUGAAUGACGUCUAACAAAAUGUUAAUAAACAUUUAAAGAUAACAAUGAAUCCCUAUAAAUCCUCUGCUUACGAAAUAUAAAAAAAAAUCAAUGAAACUUCCACUGUCAUGAAAAAAAAAUUGGUUUAUCUAAAAAUUACCUGCAAAUUUUUGUUCUAUAAUGUCUAUCCCAAAUGAGAAAGGUAAUGAACGUCAGAGUUUCAAGUCUUUAACUUCCACUACUACUACCACGACUAUUACUACUACUACUACCUACUACUACUGUUGCGAUCACUACCAUCAUCACCAUUAGCAUCGUGUUGGUCGUUCGUGACGUAUAGAAUCGUAAUUAUGUCGCGUGUUCAGACGACAUACGCGUGUCGCAUUGUUGUAUUAGUUUCAUUCAUAUAUGUAUACGUACUUACACGUAUAUAAAAAGCAACAUACACGAGUGGACGCGCUUACAAGUACAUUGUACACAUAUAUAUACCGGAAGGUAAGUAAGCAAUGGAAAAAAGAAAACGGUCUCGUGGCACGAGCCCUUCAAGCAGAUGGUUCGAAUACUCGCACCUGGCGGCAGGUGAGCCUUCUUUUACGGCAGGGGGCCCCCUCCAUUUAGCUAAGAGACCCAAAGACUGGCCCUCUCUUCUUCUCUUCACCUAUCCCCCCUUCUUAUUCUACGUCUCUCUUUUUCCUGUACUUUUUUCUCUUUGUUUCUCUUAAGUCUUGCUUCUCAGGCCCCUAUCAUCCUGUAUAGCGUAGCUUCGCGUGUGCUCACGAUCAUAUGUUAACCACCGUCUCGUACGCGUGCUAAAGCGUUUCUCGGCAUGCUACUCCGUGAAAGUGGUCAAAGGAAACCGAUCAACUGCCUUUCGGUUUUUUUUCUUUUUUUUUUUAUAUAACAUAAGGGUCGAGACUUUUGGAGCUCUUGGGUACUACUACUUCGGUUUAAUAUUUCGAAGAAACCUUCUCUUCAAAGUUGUUUUUCUUGUUAUGAUAAAUAAAGUUACAAGGCUUUCUUCUUACUCUUUCUAUUCUUGUUCAAGGGAUUUGUAUGUUUUUAUUUGUAGAACUUUUCAAAUAUGGUUUGUACUGUUAAGAAUGAACAUUUUUUUAAAAGAAUAUUUAUCUAUUAGU